AUGACCUGCAUCCACAACGCCAUGUUCCGCACCCUCAACGCCGUCACCCUGCAAUACUACCAACUCACCCAAGUAACCGACAUCGCCGACUUCCUCACAUACUGCCAAUGCUUCCACGAAAUGGUGCACUCGCACCACCACCACGAAGAAACGUACCUCUUCACUGCCAUCGAAGCGUACUCCGGCCAAAAAGGAAUCAUGGACACGAGUCUCGCCCAACACCAUGCGUUUGAGGAGGGCUUGGAGAGGUUUAAGGAGUAUGUGUAUAGUUGCAAGCCGGAGGACUGGGAUAGGGAAGUCUUUAAGGGGAUACUAGAGAGCUUUACGCUGGCGCUGACGAAGCAUUUGAGGGAGGAGAUCCCGACACUGCUGGCGUUGGAUAUAUAUGGGGGCGAGAAGUUGAAGAAGGCGUGGGAUGAUAUGGAGAAGAGGAUUUUAGAUGGGACGAUGGAUAUGUAUCGAGUCCUUCCGUGCGGGUUGGGGAGCCUGGACGUCACGUAUGCCAAGGAUCAGCUGCCUCCCUUUCCGUUUUUUGUUCCUUAUAUGUGCCACUAUUGGUAUAUGAGGAGGCAUAGGGGUGCGUGGAGGUUUUCUCCGUGUACGGCAUUUGGAAAGCCGAAGGAGUUGCCGUUCGCGGUGGUGGACAAGUGA